AUGACCGGUCUCUUAAUUGCAUUGACUGCAGAACCUCGUGGGAUGAGGGAUGUAAUGGACUUGAAGCAUCAUAUUCACUGUCUGGAAACUGAGGCUUACAGUUCUAUUGUGAAGGCUUUCAUUGCUCAAUCUGAUCUUCUCACUUGGCGAAAAGAGGGGCUUAUGACCGAUCUGCGAAGUGAACUAAAUGUUACAGAUGUUGAACAUGGAGAAAUCCUGAUGAAAAUCAAUUCAGAUGAGUCAAUUAAAUGGAUAAGGGAGCAGAGGAGACUGCCAUCUCAUGCUCAGGGUUAUAUUAAAACUAAUACUCCUGGUUGUGCUUCCGCUUCAACGGGAAAUUCAAAGAUAAGAUUGGAAACACCACCCUCUGCUGCAGUUUAUCCUCUGAAGAACAUGUCAAGUAGCCAAGCUUCUCUGAUUUCUAUUCCUAUCCCUUCUUCAAUGCCUCCAAAAUUUAAUGAUGAUCCGUUGACUGCUGAAUUUGCCCAUGGGAAUGUGGAGAAAUCUAUGAACACGUUCAAUUAUAAUGCUCAGUUACCGCCUAUUGGAAGAGAGAAAGUGCUGAAAGGAAAAUAUCAAUUGAAGAAGGACUUUAACAGAUCUGAGUGUGUCAAGUUAAAGAACAGAUCUGAUUUAAUUGAGAUCCGUGCUACAGAUAGGGUUAUCCAUGAUGUUGAGAAGAUGCUUUUCAGCAGAGAGAAACCUGACCCAGUUGAUAUUGAGAGAGCUAAAUGGACUCUUGGGGAGCAAGAAAGAGCUAUACUUGAAGCACUUGGUAAACUGGCUGAGGUGAUAGAGAGGGAGAAAGUCAAUUACCACACAAACAUGUCACUUUUGGAAUUCAUACAGUAAGUACAUC